UCUUGUUGCUUUAUUUGCACCAAAGCAGCUGAACUGGAAGCACUAUGGUUUCUGCUUCCUAACAUAUCGAUAUUCCUGAAGUUUAAAUGGGAUACUGUGAUGGAGUGUCGUGUUAAUGAUCUGAACUGCGUAGGCUACUUCAGUCUGAAGAGUCACUGAUAACAGGCUCGCUGCUUUUAUCUGAUCGUGGACUUUCUAACUGAAAGGACAACCAGCUUUAACACGGACGUCUCCGGGACAUUUUCCAGGAUGGCACUUUCCAGCCUGCUUCUGAGCCUGGCUGCUCGGGCACUUACGUUUCUCUUCUUUCUGCUCGUCAUUGCGUUUCUUGGCUACUGCUUGUACAUUAAAUACAUUCAUAUGAAGUAUGACCACAUCCCCGGGCCGCCGAGGGACAGUUUUUUCUUCGGACACUCACCAACGAUGUUGAAGGCGAUGAAAAAUGACGGAAUUAUACACGACAAAUUUCUGGAGUGGGCCGAGAAGUAUGGACCUGUUUACAGGAUAAAUAUGUUUCACUACGUUUCACUGUGUACGUACUGUCCAGAGGCCACCAAGGAAAUCCUGAUGUCCCCAAAAUACCUUAAACAGAAGUCUGUCUAUAAAAAACUCUUCAACCUGUUUGGUCAAAGGUUUUUAGGUGAUGGUCUGAUAACAGCACGGGAUCAUGAGCGGUGGUACAAACAGCGACGCAUCAUGGACCCUGCGUUCAGCAGCCUGUUGCCUUUGGGGUGGACUUGGACCUCUUGAAGCAUAGUUCACCUUUCCCUAAAGCCAUUGAG